CUCCGACACAGACAGGCAAAAGGCGGAGGAGGAGCAACGGACCUCACAGUCAACAGACGCUGGGUGUACGGCAGACGGUCGGUCGGUAGGCUACACCGACAGAAGCCCACGGAGGGAGGGAGAUAUCAGCUCACGGCUAUUUUCCAUUGAACAGUAAAGCGCCGGCAAAGCGAAGAACAGUAGAGCAGGCGAGCACGGGCAGAGAGAGGAUAAUUGCGUUUCUGUCUGCCCUGUGGGAACAUGGGAUAUAUGACCUCAUCAUUCACCUGUGAGGCUCUCCAGUAAACAACUCCAGAUAGAAGGAUGACUGAAGCUGCAAUAGAAAGUACGGAUGUCCUCCUAAAACCCUGCGCUGUGACGCCAUGUGAAGUCAGCAGCUGCCCCUCCCCUCCACCAUGUCUGCCCCUCUGCAAUCAGAGGGAAGAUGCGGACUGUCACCAUGACAGUAAGAAGCCGGAGCAGCAGAAACAUUGUAACCAAGUGCAACCAAAGAAAAAAGUUAAGGCUAAAGGAAAGUUAGUGCGCAGUAUGGCUGUCUGCGAGGAGUCCUCACUAUUUGAAGAAAUCCAGCCAUCUCCAGACACAAACAUCUCAUCUAGCUGCCAUGGUGAUGAGGAGGAAGAGCAGGAGAGGAGCACAGAUCCAAAGAAACAUUCACUGUCCAAAGAGUCCAGCGUGGAGUACACCGACUCCACCGGCAUAGACCUGCACCAGUUUAUCGUCGACACCCUCAACAGCAACCCCAGAGACCGCAUGAUGCUGCUUAAACUGGAACAGGACAUGAUCGACUUCAUCACCAGCAACAGCCCUUUUAAGAAGUUCCCUCACAUGUCGUCCUAUCACCGUAUGCUUGUCCAUCGGGUGGCGGCCUACUUUGGCAUGGAGCACAAUGUAGACCAGACAGGCAAGUCUGUCAUCAUCAACAGGACCAGCAGCACACGCAUACCGGAGCAGCGUUUUUUGGACGAGGUGCAUAAGGACAAGACAGAAGAAAUCCACUGUUGGAAAGUUAUUUUGAAGAGAGACAGCAGCUCAGAUGACCAGAACCGACUACACCCCUUACGGGAGAAGCAAAGUAAGUCAAUGGAGGAGAGAGAGGAGGAGUACCAAAGAGCACGAGACCGAAUCUUUAACCAAGAGCCUCUCUGCACCCAGGAGAGCGCCCAUGCAGAAACCAGGGCUGUGGAGGAGUACAAUCCAUAUGCUGAGACCCAGAGGAGAAGGCAGCUCUUCAGGGGGAGCCGUGACAGCUCAGGGUCAAGUUGGACAGGCAGCAGCAGGCAGAGCAGCACUGAGACCGACUGUCGCUACAGCAACGACCCCCGACCUUGGAGCAGCACCGACUCCGAUUCCUCCCACCAAUGGACAACUCCCGCCUCGAAACCCCGUCAACCUGCCAACCACAGCUGGGAAUCACGAGGUUCAGGCUCCAUCUCUCUGUUCAGACUACCAUCCACUUGUCCCCACCCCUCCUCUCCUUCCAUUAUCGAAGAGCCGGCUCACAACUCUGCGUACAUCAUGGAGAACGGGAUCCCACCGGGAAGCAUAUUAGUGAACCCACAUACUGGGCAGCCUUUCCUGAAUCCUGAUGGAACCCCUGCUGUGUACAACCCUCCAGACAGUCAGCAGCCAAUCAGGAGCCAGACUCAGCUCCAAGGCUCUCCCUCUCAGCAGCAGCAACAGCAGCCGGUGGUUCAGUACUCGUCUGUGUCUUACAAAGCUCCACAGAUGUUGCCUCUCACUCCCUCACAGCCAUACUCAACAAUUGAAGACCUCUCCUCGCAGUUUUCACAUGUGACAGUGAGCUGUCAGUCAACGUGUGAAGCCCCACCUCUCUACCCUCCCAGUCAGGGUUACAUCUAUGCAGCUCCUCCUCCUCCCCCUCCCAACCCCCCCAGUUACUGCCAGCCCUCACCUCAGGUGCCUGUGUAUUACUACGGCCAGUACCCUACCUCAGCCCAGCAUGGAUGCAGGCCUGUCUCACCCAGCCAGCAUAUCCACAGCCAAGUAGCACAACCAACAGCAGGUUAUGCCCCUUCCGUGGGGGUGCAGCAGUCUUCCCACAACCAGGCCCAAGCUGUGCUGGGAACCUACUCACCAAUGGCCUCUCAUCAGUGUAGCAUGGUUCAGGGAGGUGUUUCAGUGUCCUAUCCCCAAAGUAAAGUUGCGAGCGGGGCAGGUGGGGAGAUGGGUUACUGCUGCGUGGUAACCCCACCCUCACACCACGGCAGCUGCCAUCCUCCCAGCUGCAACAACCUCAGUGCUCCAGCCUGGAGCGCACAGUACUGAUGAUGCCUCGACGGAUGGAGGGAUGAUACUUUGGUUCCUGUGUGAACUCACCACACAUACUUAACACAAACAACUUUUUUUCCCCUGUCCCACUCUUCCCUCCCUUCUCACCUACACCCACCUCCUUCCUGAUGAUGCCCACAAGGCACACCGUUCACACACACGAGCAUGUACACACACAACAUACCAACUCACAUACAUAAAUGUACCACUGUACCAAAGCUAAAUAGUAUAUAUCAGAGCUGCUGUAUUGAAUGCAUAAUUUAUAUACACAAAUGGAGUUUUAUAUUGAUAUUAAAUUAUAUAUUGUGUUUUAAGGAAAUGCACUGUGUGAAGAGAAUAAAAUGCUAUGGCUGGAUUGAUGAGGUCACAUUUCUAUAUCAUCCUGUCUCUUUAUGCCUCUAAUGUUGAUGAGGAUGCUAAUGGGAAUGGAUGCAG